AUGGCUAAGCAGACCCUUUUGAGCAUCACACAGACCGGCACCGGAACUCCCACCAUAAUACCAGGGUCUUAUACCGAAGCAACCUCUGAGGGACCAUAUGACUCCUCUCUCUCUCCCAUCAAGCGGAUAUAUACAGAAUCAGUUGACAGAAGCCCAUACUAUUUCACCGCUAAGUCUGGAACCGGAGAUAUGACGGAUACCCUCUACAACGGUGCAAUUGGCACACUGUUAAUUUCGCCUAAAGGGAACUCCUCGGAUAAAGAUGUAGGCGAUCGUAUAGAGGCUAUCUUCGAUACUGCUACAUUGAUGGCGUUUACACGCGUUCCUGGUGCGGCGAACGUUACCAUAACAACUACGACUUCUGGUCCGAUUUACGUCUACCAUCCGCUGGUGUUGGUCAUAUUGCUCAUUCCUUUCUUCGCUACUGUUUUGGGGACAUAUCGCCGGCUAAGGAUUGAGGGGAAUAGUCUAUGCCCCGGAUACGACCCGGUGGAGAUUGCUAGACGUGGGCCUGUUGAGGGAAUCAACGACUGGAAUGGAGACAAUCUUGCUGGUACUGACACGGUAGAUGACAGACAGGUCGGUAUGCUGGCAAAGGAUGAUGGCGACCAGCAGAGAUAUGGCUUAAGUGUACUGUAG